GUGCGCGAGGAGGGUAGAGAAACUGGCAGGUGAGCGCGAGAGGAGAGGAGCGAGGCGGCGGAUAGAAGAAUAAGAAGUGAAUAAACCGACCGACUGCAGCUUCAGCCGAAAUUUCUCCCCGAAGAAACACAUUCUCUGGUCUUUUCUGCGCUAAUUUUAGAGUGUCGAAACUGCGAAUUUUCGACGGAAUAUCUGGUUUCACUUGAAAGCGAAUUCCCGGCUGGAUGCUGCCGCUGGGAGAUGAGUUGAUGGUCUGAACUGGUCCUUCCUCUUUGUGCCAGCAGCGAUGUUUAUUAAACCUCAGUGCGCAUAGUUCCUCUCCGUCCCUUCUGUCGCCGUGGACUUUCAGUUUGGCUCAAUUCUGCUGGUGAAGGGGCGUUUUUUUAAUCCAACAUGACGGAAAUCAGCGAGAAAGAGAACGAACCGCAAAACCUGCACCGACCGCAGGCCACUGUGCCCAGCCAGCAGGAAUCAAAGUUGCAGCGGCUGAAGCGCUCCCUGUCCUUCAAAUCAGUCAUGCGCAGCAAGAGCGUGGACAACUUUUUCCAGCGCAGCAACGGUGAAACACGACCACCAUCAGCCCUCAUCACCACACCACCACCUCCCCCUUCUCCUCCCCCCUUCUCCCAGUCCCCCCUGGCCUAUGAGCGCUCUCCCUCCCUCUCCCCAUCUAUUAGUCCCAACCCUUCAUUGUCAUCACACUCCCCAUCCAUCAGUCCUUCGCUGUCCAUGACCUCCAAGUCCCAGCUAAAGUCUCAGGCCCAGUUGAUGCAGCCAGUCAAGACCCACUGUUUCCAGGAGCAUGUCUUCCGUAGACCAGCCAGCUGUCAGCGAUGCAAACACAUGAUCCAAGGGAACUCUAAGCAGGGGCUGCGAUGUAAAACCUGUAAGCUGGCAGCCCACCUCUGGUGCUCCUCUGAGCUCUCCCAGCAGCCCUGUAAUGGCAAGUCCGGAGCUUUUAAGAGAAACUUCAGCUCCCCUCUGCUCACCACUGAUCAGCUGGGUGUGGUCAGAGAGGCUCCUGCUGCACAGGAGGCGGAUAAUAGCAGUGUUGACCCUGUGUAUGAGGCACUGCGCUACGGAACGUCACUAGCUCAGAUGAGUCGAUCCAGCUUCGGCAGUAUCUCAGAAUCACCCUGUCAUGAGGCUGAAAAACUGCAAGACAAACUAGAAAACCAGCCUAUAGCUGAAGAGGAGCACAUCCCAGGGAUGCUCACUCCUCCUGAAAGCGAGAAGGCUGAUUCAGAAGACAGGGUCAGCCUGAAGACUCCCAAGCGAGUAGAAGUUCACUCCAUUCACACCUAUGUGGCCCUCUACAAGUUCCUGCCUCAGGAGAAGAACGACUUGGAACUACAGCCUGGUGACAGAGUUCAAGUCACUGAUGACUCCAACGAGGACUGGUGGAAGGGGAAAAGCAGAGACAAGGUGGGAUAUUUCCCGGCCAACUUUGUGCAGCGGGUUCGCCCUGGUGAGCGGGUGUGGAAGGUCACUGCUGGUUUCCACGGCAACCGAGACAAAGGCCAGAUGACUGUGAAAGAGGCCCAGAUCUGUGUGGGGAAGAAUGAGGAGACUGACGGCUUCCUCCGGCUGAGCAGCGGGAAGAAGCGAGGCCUGGUCCCCGUGAUGUAUCUGCUAGAAAUAUGACGGCAGCACAUUACUCGCUGACCUUCAGUUUGAUAUAAUGAUGGAGGAAUACUCAGGAGUGUUAAACCAACACCUCACUGACCACCAACCAUCCACCUCCACCUCUCCAAAAAAAGUGGCAGUGAAUUAGCAGCUUGAGUGGAACAACAACCCACAAUUUUGCUUUUUACUGCAGAAAACUUUAAAGGUUAAGACUUAAAGGACGCGGGGGCUUCUUUAGAGUUCUGUAGAGCUACUUUUCUUGUAGCACAACUUUACUUUGUGUGGUUUUAUAUACACCCACAAGAGAAAUGUAGCAUUGCGCGGAAGAGGAUGUGUGUGCAGGAAGUCUGGCUACCUCACUAGCCAUCUCCAUUUGCCAUCCGCUUGUGAAAAAAGGAGAGAGGACUACUUUAUUAUGAUGUCAAGGCCUGUCCAAGCCUAAAGGACAUUGCGAGCAACCUGUCUUCAUUUCAUUGUUUGUGUAGAGAAAACAAGACAUAAGAGACUGUGAAAGACUGUAGCUGUUACUUGUAGUUGCUUCUGCAAACUCUUUUUUUGUUCCUUGUUUGUGUCAAACCUCUUAAACAGAUUUGGUUUCACCGAUUCAACUAAGGUCAAGUUUUGUAUGUACAUACUCCACCUGCCCUUGUGCUUGCCGUUGUAUUUUGGAUCCAUGAUGUGCAUAUGUGUCAUUCCUGCUCUGAUUAGAACAGAUUCAGGUAUUACAUUAUGUAACAAUUUCUCUGCUACAUCUCGAGCAAAUGAAAGUCGUAACACACACACUGGGAUUUUCUGUAUUUCCGACUGGUCUCCGGUGAUUAGAAUAUGAUACAUUCGUGCUCUUCACAGCUCUGAUGUGACAAAUGCUUUGCGUGCACCUCGGGGAGUUUCUUUCUCAGUAUGCCCUUCAAUCGCACUCUCUCCACACACACUAACACACAGAUUUUUAUAAUUCUCUCUGUUCCAUGUAAACUCUAAAAUCAGCCACUAGAAUCUGCUUCUUGUCUGUAUAUUCUGACCGUCGUUUUUCUGUAACGUCCUGUAACCUUCGCUGUCAUACCUGGUUGUGCACUACGAUGUGAGGAUGGUGUGCUGUCUCGACUUAGUGAUGUGUUCGCUGUUCCUUUCAGGGAAGAGCAGAGCAAAGAAAUAAUAAUCCAGGACGAUUGAUUAAAAACCAAACUCAAUGUUGUUGUUUGUGGAAAAAAAAGUGGCUGUCAAACUUUCAGUCUCUCAUGAAGCCAUGUACCAAACUUGAGCUGAAAAAGCUUUUUGAAUUUUUAGCAAAUGGCUAAUGUUUAUCCCAGCACACAAGUAUUUCUAUGAGGCUGGUGAAGUAAAGUGAUAAAAGGCAAAACCACCUCACCCCAUUUGGUUUAUUACUCUGUCAUUCUAAACCAUAAGGAAGUGAUGAACUGCCUUUGUUACGGCAAUAAUUGUAAAUACAAAGAUGACAGUAUUUGUAAAUAGCCUUAUAAAGAUACUGUAUAUAUUGGCUCUAAAUAGCACUUUGACCGAGAGGUUUGCAGCUAUCCAGGAGCCAGCUAAGGGCAUUAAUUUCAUAGUUAUAGGAGAUUAUUGUCUUACUUACCUGUGUAUGCAUCUCUUUGCUCAAUUAACAUCUAUCCCUGUCAGCACAAAUCUUUUAAGAUACUAUGCACAACAGUUCUAGUCACUCACUUUAUUUUGUACUCAGCUUAUUUCCAGUGUAGCCACACAUGUGUCAGUGUAUUCCUGUGCAUUUACAAAGAUUUAAAUUUGGACUCUAGCUUUUUACAAAAUGCCCGUCUUAAAUCAGUCCUCACCAUGCUACUCUUCAACAUUAUCGUCACUGACUAGAACCAAGAUUGGCUCAGGAUCAGUAUUACCAGGUGAAUCUCCCAUCUCACCUUAAUGCACACUACCAGGCUAGUUCUCUGCAUGGCUAGCUGCCCUGUGAUCCCCACAUCUCUCAAUAAAGUCGAAUGAACUCUCAA